UGAGUAUAAUAGUAAACUGUUAGGUAUUGGGAAAGGAGAGAGUGGUGAACUCAAAUCAAAUCGAAUCCAAAUAUGGCUAUGGCGAACUUGGCUCGACGGAAGGGUUACGCUGUUCUUUCAUCGGAAACUCUCAGAUACUCAUUCUUAGUGGGAAGGUCCAGAGGAUUCUCCUCUGGAUCUGAUGAAAACGACGUCGUCGUCGUCGGUGGUGGUCCCGGCGGCUACGUCGCCGCCAUUAAAGCCGCACAGUUUGGUCUGAAGACGACUUGCAUCGAGAAGCGUGGCGCCCUCGGCGGUACAUGCCUCAACGUUGGCUGCAUCCCUUCCAAGGCUCUUUUGCAUUCCUCCCACAUGUACCAUGAGGCUAAACAUGCAUUUGCCAACCAUGGGGUCAAGUUUUCGUCUGUUGAGGUUGAUUUGGCCGCCAUGAUGGCCCAAAAAGAUAAGGCUGUUUCUAAUCUAACCCGGGGUAUUGAAGGUCUAUUCAAGAAAAACAAGGUAAACUAUGUCAAAGGAUAUGGCAAAUUUGUUUCACCAUCUGAGGUCUCUGUGGACAGCCUUGAAGGUGGAAAUACUGUGGUGAAAGGCAAGCAUAUUAUAAUUGCCACUGGUUCAGAUGUGAAAUCUCUGCCUGGUGUCACUAUUGAUGAGAAGAAAAUUGUAUCAUCAACUGGGGCUCUUGCUUUGACUGAAAUUCCCAAGAGACUUGUAGUCAUUGGGGCAGGCUACAUUGGCCUAGAAAUGGGUUCAGUAUGGGGCCGGCUUGGCUCUGAGGUAACAGUUGUUGAGUUCGCACCAGAUAUUGUUCCAACCAUGGAUGGGGAAGUGCGGAAGCAGUUUCAGCGUUCUCUUGAGAAGCAAGGGAUGAAAUUCAAGCUGAAGACUAAGGUGGUUGGGGUUGAUAGUUCUGGGGAUGGUGUGAAGCUAACCAUUGAACCAUCAGCUGGUGGUGAUCAGACUACACUUGAAGCAGAUGUUGUCCUUGUAUCUGCUGGUAGGACUCCCUUCACUGCUGGACUUGGGUUAGAAAAGAUAGGAGUUGAAACUGACAAGAUAGGACGAAUUUUGGUAAAUGAAAGAUUUGCCACAAAUGUCUCUGGUGUUUAUGCAAUUGGAGAUGUCAUUCCUGGCCCGAUGUUGGCACACAAGGCAGAAGAAGAUGGGGUUGCUUGUGUUGAGUACAUAGCUGGUAAGGUUGGCCAUGUGGACUAUGACAAAGUCCCAGGUGUUGUCUAUACACACCCUGAGGUUGCAUCUGUUGGGAAGACAGAGGAGCAGGUGAAGGAACUGGGAGUUGAUUACCGUGUCGGCAAGUUCCCUUUCCUGGCUAAUAGCAGGGCUAAGGCAAUCGAUAAUGCAGAAGGACUGGUGAAGAUAUUGGCUGAGAAGGAGACAGACAAAAUAUUGGGAGUGCAUAUUAUGGCACCCAAUGCAGGAGAGCUCAUUCAUGAAGCAGCAAUAGCAUUGCAGUAUGAUGCAUCAAGUGAGGACAUCGCACGCGUGUGCCAUGCACAUCCGACAAUGAGCGAGGCUGUGAAAGAAGCUGCAAUGGCCACUUUUGACAAGCCCAUUCACAUUUGAAGAGCCGGUUGCUUCUUUAUUCUCAUUUUCAUUUUUGUCCAAGGAUUUUACAAUGACUUGGAGAUGAUACCAUCUGUGUGUUAAAUUUAGAUUCAGGUUUUCAAGUACAAAUUAGUCUUUUGUGUACUUCUUUGCUAAUAAGAGCAAUGAUCGUGUUGUUUUUAACCUUGUUGAAUAAAAUAUAUAUCUCCCCUUCUCUCUGGAACAAUACGGUAAUUCUGACAGGGUGAAACAACUUAAUGGGAGGUUCUGAUUAACACUUUGUAGUGAUCUAUAAU